GCCGAAGUCCCAAUCCCAUUUUCCGUCCCAGCUGCGAGUGGUUGAGUAGCCGGGACACGGCGGCGGUAGCUCGGCUCUUGGGAUUCCCGAGCUGACGUGGCUGCUGUUGGGCGGGGGGCAGCCGGAGCCGCCCGCAGCGGCCGGGAGCAGAUGGCAGCAGGAUGGGAGGCUUCAUCUAACUGAGCUUCUGUCCUUUGGCAAGAAUGUAGAUGUGGUAUAUUCCUUCAAAGGAGGUUCAUAAGAAAUGCUGAGCCGAUUAUCAGGAUUAGCAAAUGUUGUUUUGCAUGAAUUAUCAGGAGAUGACACUGACCAGACUAUGACGGCUCCCUUAGAAACUGAAUUACCCCAGGAAACUGACAUGGAAUUUAACAACAGAGCACAAGAGGAUGCUCUAGAACGCCUGGCUGAUGCAGAGAAGUUGGUGGUGGAGCUGAAAGACAUUAUUAGACAGAAGGAUGUUCAACUCCAGCAGAAGGAUGAAGCACUACAGGAAGAAAGAAAAGCUGCUGAUAACAAAAUUAAAAAAAUAAAACUUCAUGCAAAGGCCAAACUAACUUCUUUGAACAAACACAUAGAAGAAAUGAAGACACAAGGAGGGUCUGCCCCACCUGCAGAAUCUCACUCCAAGGAGCCACUCUCUAAGCACAAUAGGAGUUCUAAGGAAGAAGAGAUGGAAGUAGAAAAGAUAAAACAUGAACUCCAGGAGAAGGAGAAAUUAAUUAGCUCUUUGCAAGCCCAGCUUACCCAGGCACAGUCAGAACAAGUUGCACAGUUUGAAAAGAGUUCUGCAGAGGUGGGAGACUUUGUCAUGAUGAAGCAGCAGCUCCAAGAAAAGGAAGAACUUAUUAGCACCUUGCAAACCCAGCUCAGCCAGACACAGGCAGAGCAAGCUGCACAGUUGAGUUCCAUGCAGCAGGUGGUCCGAGAGAAAGAUGCCCGCUUUGAAACACAGGUUCGUCUUCACGAAGAUGAGCUUCUUCAGUUAGUAACCCAGUCAGAUGUGGAGACAGAGAUGCAGCAGAAAUUGAGGGUGAUGCAAAGGAAACUUGAAGAACAUGAAGAAGCCUUGUUGGGUCGUGCUCAGGUUGUAGACCUGCUGCAACAGGAGCUGACUGUAGCUGAACAGAGAAACCAGGUUCUUUCACAGCAGUUGCAGCAGUUGGAAGCUGAGCAUAAUACUUUACAAAACACCAUGGAAACAGAAAGGCAGGAGUCCAAGGUUCUGAUGGAAAAGAUGGAACUUGAAGUGGCAGAGAGAAAAUUAUCCUUCCAUAAUCUUCAGGAAGAGAUGCUUCAGCUUCUGGGACAGUUAGAGCGAUCAGGCCAAGCCCAGACUGAACUGGAGUCUCGGUAUGCUGAUUUGGAGCAGAAGCACAAAGCAGAAAUGGAAGAGAAGACUGCUUGCAUUUUGAGACUUCAAAAGACUGAACAAGAGCUGCAGUCUGCCUGUAGUGCUCUGAAGGAUGAAAAUUCAAAGCUUCUCCAAGAUAAGAGCGAACAGGCAGUUCAGUCGGCCUGGGCCAUUCAGCAGUUGGAAGAUCAACUCCAGCAAAAAUCCAAAGAAGUUAGCCAAUUUCUAAAUAAACCAAACUUGCAAAAACAUGAAACAGCAUCUCAGACUUUACCAGAUGUUUGUAAUGAGGGCAUACAGGCAGUCACUGAAGAGACUAUUGCGUCUUUGCAGAAGAGAGUGGUAGAGUUAGAGAAUGAAAAGGGAGCCUUGCUCCAUACUUCUAGAGAGCUGGAGGAGCUGAAAGCGGAGAAUGAAACACUGUCUUCUCGGAUUACUCUUCUGGAGGCUCAGAAUAAAACUGGGGAGGCAAACAGUGAAGUCUGUGAGAUCAGCACAGUUGGUAUUACUAUGCUCAACAUGAGUAAUUUUCCUACUGAAGAAAGUGGACAUGAUGUUCCAGAGAACUCAUUUUCUCAGAAACAUAAAGAAUUAUCAGUUUUAUUGGUGGAAAUGAAAGAAGCUCAAGAGGAAAUUGCAUUUCUUAAGUCACAACUACAGGGCAAAAGGCCUGAGGGGGACUGUGAAGUCCUUGACCAGAAAGAAGUGAAAGAGACAGAGAGUGAAAAAACGCCUCCAGCUAGAGUGGAAGAGUUCCCCUUAAUGCCAGCUGAAAAGGGGGAUCAGGAAAGCGCUAAGCAUCAUGGAGCAUCUGAGGAGAUCUCUCUAAAUGACACUGGAGUAGAAUUGAACUCAGCAGAAUUGGGCAGUGUGGACAAAUCCCCUUCUGUACCUUGUAUUGGUCAGUGUCACCAGGAUGAUUUAGAAAGACUGAAAAGUCCGAUUUUGGAGCUUGAGACAAGCUUUCAUAAGGCAGAAGAAGUUUAUGAGAAACAUUUAGAUGAGAAAGGUAAGGAAAUUAUCAGCCUAACUCAGCUUAUUGAGGAAUUCAAGAGGAAUGCUGAAGAUAAUCACAGCACACUCACUGCUUUGUCUGAAGAAAGGGACCAGCUUCUUUCUCAAGUGGAGGAACUGAAUGUCUUAGCAGAGCUGAGGGCUCAGGUUAGAGAAUUGGAAACCAACCUUGCAGAAGCAGAAAAGCAAAGAAGUUUGGACUAUGAAAACCAAAAGACUCAGCACAACUUGCUCACAGAGCAGAUCCACAGUCUCGGCAUAGAAGCCAAAUCUAAAGAUGUGAAAAUUGAAGCUUUACAGAGAGAACUGGAUGAUGUGCAACUGCAGCUUUCUGAACAGGUCACACUGGUCAAAAGCCUGCAGAGCCAGCUGCAGAGGAAGGAGAGUGAAGUGCUUAAGGGGGUAGAACGUGUGAGAGAAAUCUCAGGGAAGAUGGAAGAAUUUUCUCAGGCUCUUUCACAGAAGGAACUUGAAAUAGCAAAACUGGAUCAACUCUUACUGGAGAAAAAGAAAGAUGUACAGACACUCCAGCAAACCAUCCAGGAGAAGGAUCAGCAAGUGACUGAACUCAGCUUCAGUAUGACAGAGAAAAUGGUUCAGCUUAAUGAAGAAAAGUUUUCUCUUGGUGUUGAAAUUAAGACUCUUAAGGAACAGCUCAAUAUAUUAUCCAGAGCGGAAGAAGCCAAAAAAGAGCAGGUGGAAGAAGAUCAUGAGGUUAAUUCUGGCCUUAAACAUGAUUAUGAUGAGUCAAGCCCAGUAGGGCUGGUGAGCAGAGAAGAACUUCAGCAUGAGUUGGACCAUCUGAAGAAAGAAAGUGAGCAGAGGAAGAGAAAGCUCCAGGCAGCUCUUAUUAACAGAAAGGAGCUACUACAGAGAGUCAGUACACUGGAAGAGGAGUUAGCCAAAGUGAGAGAUGGGUCUAGGAAAGAGAUUCCACUUAGUGAGAAGAGAGAAAUGGAGGGAGAUAAAGAGAAUAAAGACGACCCAGAAAAAUGUGUGACCUCUAAGUGGCAAGAAAUGGAAGAUGGCCUAAAGCAGACAAUAUUUGAAAAAGAAGUGGAACUCGAGCGUGUAAGGAAAGAGUUGAAAGAAAAGAUGGUAGCAGAAGAACAGUUACAGGCUGUGGUCCAACAGAUGAAUCAGAACUUGCAAGAUAAGACAAAGCAAGUAGAUUUGCUUCAAGCAGAAGUCAUUGAAAACCAAGUGACUAUUGAGAAAUUAACCACAGGUACCAAGGAUGCCAGUGAUGGAGACUCGGCAGCACCUGUAAAAAAAGCAGUGGUGAACAGUCCACCUAGUGCAGGUAGUGGAGAACAAGGGACACCAGAACUGGAAGAAAAGAUACUAAACCUUGAAAAAGAAAAGGAGCAACUUCAAAAGAAACUUCAGGAAGCCUUAACUUCCCGUAAGAUGAUUCUAAAAAAGACACAAGAGAAAGAAAGACAACUAAAGGAAGAACUCAAGAAACAUAAAGAUGAGUACAAUCGCCUACAAGAACAGUUUGAUGUGCAAAGUAAGGAAAAUGAGAACAUUGGAGACCAGCUAAGGCAACUCCAGAUUCAAGCGAGGGAGUCCAUAGAUAGAAAGCUCCCAGACACUGACCAUCUCACUCAAGGUUUAGAAGAAGUUUUAUUUAAAGAGACAGAACAGCAGCCCACCCAACCUGGUUUAGAGUCUGACUUAUACCCAACUUGGCCUCAUCCUGGAGAUACAGAUACUCUGCAGGUUAAUACUUCUAUUGCCCAGAUUAAGGCCCAGUUGAAAGAAAUAGAGGCUGAAAAAGAAGAGUUGGAAUUGAAAGUUAGUUCUACAAUGGGUGAGCUUACUAAAAAAUCAGAAGAAGUAUUUCAGUUACAAGAGCAGAUAAGUAAACAGGGUUUAGAAAUCCAGAAUCUGAAGGCAGUAACCCAUGAGGCUGAAGCCCAUGCAGAAAGCCUAAAGCAGGAAUUGGAACACAGUCAACUAAAAAUUGCUGGCUUGGAACAUCUGAAAACAGUACAGCCUGAACUAGAUGAACUGCAAAAACACAUAUGCCAAAAGGAAGAAGAAGUUAGCUGUCUUUCUAGACAGCUUAGUGAGAAAGAACAAACCCUUUCUAAAGUUCAGACUGAGAUAAUGGAACAAGAGAAUUUAAUCAAGGCUUUGCACACCCAGCUGGAAAUGCAAGCCAAGGAGCAUGAAGGCAGGGUAAAGCAGUUUCAGGUAGAACUUUGUGAACUGAAGCAGAAGCCAGAAGAGACUGCAGAAGAAACUAAAGCAAAGCAACAGAUGCAGAGGAAACUGCAGGCUGCCCUCAUAUCCCGAAAAGAAGCCCUCAAAGAAAACAAGAAUCUCCAAGAGGAGUUGUCUUUGGCUAAAGAUACCAUUGACCGCUUUACCAAGGCUCUGGCAGAUGUGGAAAGCCAAAUUUCUGCUCAAAAUAAAGAAAAAGACGCAUUCUUAGGAAGAUUAGCUCUUCUUCAAGAAGAAAGAGAUAAACUCAUUGUAGAAAUGGACAGGUCUUUACUAGAAAAUCAGAAUCUCAGUGGCUCUUGUGAAAGUCUUAAGCUUGCUCUAGAGGGUCUUACUGAAGACAAGGAAAAGUUGAUGAAGGAAAUAGAGUCCUUGAAAUGUUCUAAGAUUGCAGAAAGUGCCGAAUGGCAAGAAAAACACAAGGAAUUGCAGAAAGAGUAUGAGGUUCUUUUGCAGUCCUAUGAGAAUGUGAGCAAUGAAGCAGAAAGGAUUCAGCAUGUGGUGGAAAAUGUGAGGCAGGAGAAGCAAGAACUAUUUGGAAAGUUAAAAAGCGUGGAGACAGACAAGAAAGAGACAGAAAAGCAGUUGCAGGAAGCAGAACAGGAGAUGGAAGAAAUGAAAGAAAAGAUGAGAAAGUUCGCUAAAUCUAAACAGCAGAAGAUCCUGGAGCUGGAAGAAGAGAAUGACCGGCUUCGAGCAGAGGCUCAGCCUGCGGGAGGUGCAGCCAAAGAACACACGGAAGCCCUUCUUUCCUCUAAUGCCAGCAUGAAGGAGGAACUAGAAAGGGUCAAGUUGGAGUAUGAAGCCCUUUCUAAGGAGUGUGAGGCUUUAAUGGCUGAGAAAGAAAUUCUAAGUGAAGAGAUUGGAAAUUUAAAGGCUCAGGUAGAACAAGCUAGUAUAGUGGCCACAGGCAAAUCUAACAUUCAGAAGGAUAUUAUUGAAGAGGUGACACAGUCUGUGGCAGGUGAGUCUCAAGAGCAAAACUCUGUGAGUGUGAGCCCUAAGCUUGAUGAUUCUGAAGUUAUUCCAUCAGAAAACAAUGCCACUCCUAGUAAGAAUUUCAGCUCACAUGAUGACAUUAAUAACUACCUACAGCAGCUUGAUCAGCUUAAGGGAAGAAUUGCUGAAUUAGAGGAGGAGAAGCAGAAAGACAAAGAAUUUAGCCAGACUUUAGAGAAUGAGAAAAAUGCCCUACUGAGUCAGAUAUCUGCAAAGGAUAGUGAAAUAAAAGUACUUCAGGAAGAAGCUGCCAAAAUAAAGCUGUCAAAUAAGCAAAUCCAAGAAGAACUCUCCAGAGUUACUAAACUAAAAGAGACAGCAGAAGAGGAGAAGGAUGAUUUAGAAGAGAGGCUUAUGAAUCAACUAGCAGAACUUAAUGGAAGCAUUGGAAAUUAUUAUCAGGAUGUUACUGAUGCCCAAAUAAAAAAUGAGCAACUGGAAUCUGAAAUGCAAAACCUUAAAAAGUGUGUGAGUGAAUUGGAAGAAGAAAAGCAGAAGUUAGUCAAGGAAAAAACCAAGGUGGAAUCAGAAAUACGAAAGGAGUAUUUGGAGAAAAUACAAGGUGCUCAGAAAGGACCUGGCAAUAAAAGCCAUGUGAAGGAACUCCAGGAGCUGUUGAAAGAAAAACAACAAGAGGUAAAGCAGCUGCAGAAGGACUGCAUCAGGUAUCAAGAGAAGAUUAGUGCUCUGGAGAGAACCGUUAAGGCUCUAGAAUUUGUUCAGACAGAAUCCCAAAAGGACUUAGAUGUAACAAAAGAAAAUUUGGCUCAAGCCGUUGAACACCGUAAAAAAGCACAAGCAGAAUUAUCUAGCUUCAAAGUACUGCUAGAUGACACACAAAGUGAAGCAGCGAGGGUAUUAGCAGACAAUCUCAAGUUGAAAAAGGAACUUCAGUCAAAUAAAGAAUCAGUCAAAAGUCAAAUGAAACAAAAGGAUAAUGAUCUUGACCGAAGACUGGAACAAGCAGAAGAGAAACACCUGGAAGAGAAGAAGACUAUGCAGGAGAAACUGGAUGCUUUGCACAGAGAAAAGGCCCAUGUGGAAGACAUGCUUGGGGAGAUUCAGCUUGCUCUGAAAAAGAAAGACAAGGAAAUGGAGCAACUUCAGGAGAGCUUGGACAGCACUGUGGCCCAGCUUGCAGCCUUCACUAAGACCAUGUCUUCCCUCCAGGAUGAUCGGGACAGGGUGAUAGAUGAAGCCAAGAAAUGGGAGAGGAAGUUUGGUGAUGCCAUUCAAACCAAAGAAGAAGAGAUCAGACUCAAGGAGGAGAAUUGCAUUGUUCUGAAGGAUCAACUUAGACAAAUGUCUAUCCAUAUGGAGGAAUUGAAGAUCAACAUUUCUAGGCUUGAGCAUGACAAACAGAUUUGUGAGUCCAAGGCCCAGACAGAGCUCCAGCAUCAACAGAAGGUUUGUGAUACUCUGCAGGGGGAAAACAAAGAACUUUUGUCCCAGCUAGAAGAAACUCAACAACUAUACCACAAUUCUCAGAAUGAAUUAGCUAAGUUGGAAUCAGAACUUAAGAUUCUCAAAGAGCAGUCAACUGAUUUAAAUAAUUCUUUAGAUCAGUGUAAAGAAUAUAAAGAAAAUUUGGAAGGAAUCAUAAAGCAGCAAGAAGCUGAUCUCCAGAACUGUAAGUUUAGUUAUGAGCAACUAGAGACUGAUCUAAAGGCCUCCAGAGAACUGACUGGUAAGCUGCAUGAAGAAAUAAAUAUGAAAGAGCAGAAGAUUAUAAGCUUGCUUUCUGGCAAGGAGGAGGCAAUCCAAGUAGCUGUUGCUGAACUCCAUCAGCAACAUAAUAAAAAAAUUAAAGAACUAGAAAACCUAUUGUUGCUGGAGGAAGAGGAGAAUAUUGUCUUAGAAGAGGAAAACAAAAAUGCUGUUAACAAAACCGAUCAGCUAAUGGGAACACUGGAAGCUGUCAAAAAGGAAAACAGUCAACAGAAGGCACAGUUGGAUUCCUUUGUUAAAUCCAUGUCUUCUCUCCAGAAUGACCGAGACCGCAUAGUGAGUGACUAUCAACAGCUGGAAGAGCGACAUCUCUCUAUAAUCUUGAAAAAAGACCAACUCAUUCAAGACGCUGCUGCUGAGAAUAAUAAGCUGAAGGAAGAAAUCCGAGGGUUGAGAGGUCAUAUGGAUGAUCUCAAUUCUGAGAAUGCUAAGCUAGAUGCUGAACUGAUCCAGUAUAGGGAAGACCUGAAUCAAGUGAUAUCCAUAAAGGACUGUCAGCAAAAGGAACUCCUUGAAGCUCAACUACAGCAAAAUAAGGAGCUGAAAAAUGAAUGUGCAAAAUUAGAAGAAAAGCUAAAGGGGUCAGAAGAAGCAAAGCAAAGUCUACAGAGGGCUUCUGAUGCCCUCCAAGAGGAGAAGCAAAGUUUGACUAAAGAGAUUGAGAACUUGAAAGCUUCUGUAUCCCACCUGAAUAGACAAGUGUCAGCCUUGCAGGAAGAAGAUGCUUUAGGUGUUUAUCACACUCAACUAAAAGGCAAAGAAGAAGAACUUCACAGGUUAAGUUCAGCACUUUCCUCUUCCCAGCAGAGAAUUAUGGAACUGGAAGAGGAAUUAGUUUGUGUUCAAAAGGAAGCUACCAGGAAAGUAGGUGAAAUUGAAGAUAAACUGGAGAAAGAAUUAAAGCAUCUUCAUCACGAUGCAGGGAUAAUGCGAAAUGAAACUGAAACAGCAGAAGAGAGGGUGGCAGAACUAGCGAGAGAUCUGGUAGAGAUGGAGCAGAAGUUACUCAUGGUCACCGAAGAAAAUAAAGAUCUUACAGCACAAAUUCAGUCUUUUGGAAGGUCAAUGAGUUCCUUGCAAGACAGUAGAGAUCAUGCCAAUGAGGAGCUUGGGGACCUGAGAAGGAAGUAUGAAGCCAGUCUGAAGGAGCUGAGAGAACAGAGGGGCCUCUUAAGCAGAGAGAGCGAUGUUCUUUCUCAGACUACCUUUCUCUUGAACACCACUGAGGACAAUUUGUCCUCCCUUGAGAAACGUAACCAACAGCUUGCAUCCAAAGAUGAGCAGUUGCUUCACUUGUCCUCACAACUAGAAGAUUCUUACAACCAAGUGCAGUCCUUUUCCAGGGCAAUGGCCAGUCUGCAGAAUGAGAGAGAUCACUUGCGGAGUGAGCUGGAGAAAUUCCGAAAGUCUGAGGAAGGGAGGCAGAGGGCUGCAGCCCCACCUGCCUCCAGCCCAGCAGAAGUACAGAGUUUGAAAAAAGCCAUGUCCUCCCUCCAAAAUGACAGAGAUCGACUACUGAAGGAACUGAAGAAUCUGCAGCAGCAGUACUUACAGCUCAAUCAAGAGAUCACCGAAUUACGUCCGCUGAAGGCUCAGCUUCAGGAGUAUCAAGAUAAGACAGAAUCAUUUCAGAUUAUGCAAGAAGAGCUCAGGCAGGAAAACCUCACCUGGCAGCAUGAGCUGCAUCAGCUCAGGGUAGAGAAGAAUUCCUGGGAAAUGCAUGAAAGGAGGAUGAAGGAGCAGUACCUUAUGGCUCUCUCAGAUAAAGAUCAGCAGCUCAGUCAUCUGCAGAGUCUUAUGAGGGAACUGAGGUCUUCUUCCUCCCAGACUCAGAUUCUCUCAGUGCAGUACCAAAGACAGGCAUCCCCAGAGACAUCAGCUUCCCUAGAUGGGUCACAAAACCUAGUUUAUGAGACAGAACUUCUCAGGACUCAGCUCAAUGACAGCUUAAAAGAAAUUCACCAAAAGGAGUUAAGAAUUCAGCAGCUGAACAGCAAGUUCUCUCAGCUACUCGAAGAGAAAAACAACCUCUCCAUCCAGCUCAGUGACACCAGCCAGAGUCUUCGUGAGAACCAGCAACACUACAGUGACCUUUUUAACCACUGCGCUAUCUUGGAGAAGCAGCUGCAGGAGCUUCAGGUGGGGCCACUAAAUGCAGAUGUUGCUCCAGGAGCUCCCCAGGAAAAAAAUGGGGUUCACCGAAAGAGUGAUCCUGAUGCUGCAAGGGAGCCACAGCUAAGUUUUUCUGAAGCCCAGCAGCAGCUAUACAACACCAGACAAGAAGUGAAUGAAUUAAAGAAGCUGCUGGAAGAAGAACGAGACCAAAGAGCGGUGGCUGAGAACGCUCUCUCUGUGGCCGAGGAGCAGAUCAGACGGUUGGAGUACAGCGAAUGGGACUCCACCCGGACUCCUAUCAUUGGCGCCUGUGGCUCUCAGGAGCAGGCACUAUUAAUAGAUCUCCCUGGCAACAGCUGCCGAAGGACCCGGAGUGGUGCUGGAUGGAAGCGGGUCCUACGUUCUCUCUGCCAUUCCCGGACGCGAGUGCCACUGCUGGCAGCCAUCUACUUCCUGAUGGUUCAUGUUCUACUCAUUCUGUGUUUCACAGGCCAUCUAUAAACUUGUCACUUUUUAGACCACACCCUUCAGAACUUGUAAUUCCUUCACUUGUCAGUUCCAGAACAGCCUUCCCACUUUCAGCUCAUCCAUGCCUCCUUGAAGAGUGCCUGAAAAAAGAGGUGGCUGUGAGGACAGGUUGGGGAGCAGCAAGGCCUGGUGCAUCUGCACUCUUCUAUACAAUGCCCUGAACAGUUCUGUUUGGUUUGAGAAGCCUCCCAGGUAGUGUGCUGUGCCCAGUGUUUGCUCAGAUUUUGCAGAUCCACAUCUCUUUUGGUUCUGUGAAAUACUGAGGGAUGUCUUUCAGCCAAGGCAAGAAGACAGUUCCAGUACUAGCGAUCUGAAGUCCAUUCUCAUUCUUAGUGGUAACUUGCUCUAUCUUGUUGCCUACAUUUUCUCCUGCCUCAGAGAGAAGGCAAAAUUCUGGGAAUGAACAACACAUUGCCUCACAGGACAUGUGAGCAAGUCUCGGAGACUCAGGUGGGAGCUGGAGGGCCUCUCAGGCUUCAGCUGCUGGAUCACAGGGCAGACAGCAUUUUCUUUUCUGGCUCUUCCUUCAGCAUUGGAGGGAGAGUUUGUUGCCCUGAACCAUAAGGGCAGCACCCCAUUGCUUAUGCCCCUAAUCACAUGUAGAUUAAGGUAUUAAGUGGCCAGUGCCUUUCCUUCCACUGAAAGGUAGAAGAACUGGUGUUGGACAGCAGAGUCCAGAUUCUUGUUAGUCCUGUGUCCUGGAUGUGCCUCCAUAUGGGUCCUGAGAUGGUGCCCAGGGACCAGCAAGGGACCACACCAGGGCGAGCCAGGCUCAGGUCUCAUUAUCACACUGCAACUUCCAGCCUCGAGAACUACUGCGCUGCUGUGCUGUUGAGCUCUUGGUGACAGCACGUUUCAGUUGCUCACCCCAUAGUCAUUCCCCUCUGUGGAAGAGAGGACUGAGGAAGAUGGAAAAACACUUGAAUCCAGGCCUGAGAGCAGCAGCUAGGAGUGAACUCCACUGUGCCUGUUCCCUCCUCUCCCUCUCCCCACUUUAGCUGUGUUUUCUCAUUAUAGAUGUGAUGUGUUCCCUUCCUGUUCUCACCACAGCUCUAAAUCUUUUUCUUGUGGUGAUUAAAUUUGGUCACAACAUCCCAAGAACUUUCCUUAACUACUGUAAAAUAAUAAAGUUAUUUUCAGAAUGA